UUUAGAAAGAGAAACACGCAGCGAGGGGAGGGAGAGAGAGAGAAAAAGAGAGUGUGUCUGUGCAGUCAGGCCUGGUAGUGAUAGACCAGCAGCAGUGAGAAAAUUCACGGGCAUUGCUGUUUCUGUCACUCUAUCAUAAUUUCCUGGUCGUCGUAAUUGAUUUGAUUGUUUUGAAAUGAGUCGUUUAGGGUUUAAAUCCCUGGUUUAUCACGGAGAGGUAUGUUUGGGAGAACUGGAUGUUAUUCCGGUGACGGAAAAGGGUUUCUUGUUCCCAAACAACGAGAUUCGCAUCCAUCAUAUCUCUCAACAAAGUGAGCGAUGUCCUCCUCUGUCAAUUCUCCAAACAAUCUCUCCAUUUUCUGUCCGUUGCAAGCUCGAAUCGUCUUCUCCUAUGGAACAGUCUCAUUUGAUCAAUCUCCAUGCCUCUUGCUUCCACGAAGUCAAGACGGCGGUGGUUUUGAUUGGAGAUGAAGAGAUUCAUUUAGUGGCAAUGCCAAGCAAGCAAAAGAAGUUUCCAUGUUUUUGGUGCUUUGCGGUUCCUGUAGGUCUGUAUGAUUCGUGUUUACGGAUGCUCAACAUGCGGUGUCUUUCUAUUGUGUUUGAUCUUGAUGAGACACUUAUUGUUGCGAACACGAUGAAGUUGUUUGAGGAUAGGAUUGAGACUCUUAGGGGUUGGAUUGGACGGGAGCAAGAUCCGAUGAGGGAAUCUGGAAUGAUUGCGGAGAUGAAGAGGUAUAUUGAUGAUCGGUUGCUUCUGAAGCAGUAUAUAGAGAAUGAUGUUGUUAUGGAUAAUGGAAAGAUGUACAAGGUUCAACUGGAGGACGUUUUGCGAUCAUCGGAUGGCCAUGAGAGAGUUGUUAGACCUGUGAUUAGAUUGCCAGAGAAAAAUAUUGUUCUAACUCGCAUCAAUCCAGAGAUUCGUGAUACGAGUGUGCUUGUGAGAUUAAGGCCGGCAUGGGAAGAUUUGAGAAGUUACUUAACAGCAAAGGGACGCAAACGGUUUGAAGUUUAUGUUUGUACGAUGGCUGAAAGAGAUUAUGCCUUAGAAAUGUGGAGGCUUCUUGACCCGGAGGCCCACUUGAUAGCUUCAAAGCAACUCUUAGACCGUGUAGUUUGCGUUAAAUCAGGCUCCAAGAAAUCUUUAUUGAAUGUCUUCCAAGAUGGCAUGUGCCAUCCAAAAAUGGCAAUGGUAAUAGAUGACCGGUUAAAAGUCUGGGAAGACAUGGAUCAACCUCGAGUUCAUGUAGUUCCUGCAUUCACUCCUUAUUAUGCUCCUCAAGCAGAGACAGCAAACGCUGUUCCAGUCCUAUGUGUGGCAAGAAAUGUUGCAUGCAAUGUCAGAGGUUGUUUUUUCAAAGAGUUUGAUGAGAUCUUAAUACGAAGAAUAUCUGAAGUCUUUUAUGAAGAUGAGGUGAAAAGCUUACCUCCUACUCCUGAUGUGAGCAACUACAUGAUGACAGAGGAUAGUGGUUUUGUACCCAAUGGCAAUAACAUUGCUCCUUUUAGUGAAGGAAUGAGUGGCAUUGAAGCUGAACGAAGAUUGCAUCAAUCGGAUGGCAAGACUGUCAUGGAAUCGGCCCCACAUUCUAUUACAAACAGUACUGAAUUGAGAACUGAAAUCUCCCAGCCUCACGUGGCAAUAAUUCCAAAUGUUGCUGGGCCAACCUUAUCGGCCACACUCUUGCCUUCUCAGAAACCUAGUUUACUUGGUGCUCCUGUUAGACGAGAUUUAAGGAAUCAAAAUUCUGGUCAACCCCCUCUUCUUUCAAGAAUACCUGCUGCAAUACCAUUAUCCUCUCUACAGCCACAGGGAGGCUGGCUGGUGGAAGAAGAUACUAGCAGAGCACAAUCAAAUAAUCGACCUUCAGCAGCCGCUCAAGAAUUGGAUUCUUUAAAAUCUGAUAAGCUGAGAGGACUGCAGAAUCCACUUGCUCAUGGUGCAUCAGCCUCUGCUCCCUCCAGUUUAGUCUCACAUGCUUCAGAAUUGAAGGCUGAAGAGGCAAUUGCUGGAAAUGACAUGCAUAAACAAAUUGUUCCUGCUGGAGAGGCUGGCAUGUCUCAGAAUCAUGUGUCCUCUAGUAACAGAGAGUUCCAAGCUGAAGCUGGGAAACUCAAUCUGCUACCAUCUCACUUGUCUAUUGGAGUGCUGCAAGAAAUUGGACGGAGAUGCAGAUCCAAGGUGGAGUUCAAAUCUGUUGUAAGCACCAGUAAGGAUUUGCAAUUCUCUGUCGAGGUUUUGUUCACCGGUGAAAAGAUAGGUGUUGGAAUGGGUAAAACACGGAAGGAUGCACAACAGCAAGCAGCUGAGAAUGCACUUCGCAGCUUGGCAGAAAAAUACGCAGCAUAUGUUUCACCCAAUUCUGGUGCUGUGGAUGGUGAUUUCGAUAAGCUUUCUAUUGGGAACGAGAAUGGAUUUGUAUGGGACAUUAGCAGUCCUGAAUCAAGUGAUCUGGUACGAGAAGAUGGUUCAGCUAAAGAACGUCCUUCUGAGGUUGCUGACGCUGAACUUGUGAAUACAUCCAAUAUGGUAAAUCAGCAACAGCAGAAACGUGCCAACUCCCCUAGAUCGCCACAAUCUAUACCAAGUAAACGGUCAAAAGAAGAACUGUGUGGUUCACAAAGUCUACCCUUUCGGCAAUCCAAGAAUGAGAGUCACGUUUGAUAAAAGCCAAGAUAUUGGGAAGAUGAUGAAUGAUUUGAAGGUUUUUGUUUUUUGAAUCUAAAAUUCUGCAUCUGAAUUUUGCUCUUCUGGAAAGAUAGGCACAUUGUUAUCCUCCUUCGGCUCCCUCCUUUUUUAUUUUUGGGGGAUGACAAGGGCAAAGCUCGCAAGGAUGAGGGCAGAGCUUGGCUUAAAACUCACAUGGUGCUGUUCUGGCUGAAUCUUCUCCUCCAGUCCACUUGUUACAGUAACUCUUCUUGUUAGUUGCUUUAGCAGAAAUGUGGUUUCUAGUUUAGGUGGCCACCAAUUCUUUCGCUUCCAGCACCAUUCUUAUAAAAUAAUUCAGCGCUCGUCAAUUGUAAAUACUUUCGAUUAUUUCUAUGGUGGCAAUUGCAUAUUUUUAAAGCGUUAUACAA